AUGACAGACAAAGAAAAAGCUGCAGAACGUCUUGCGUUUUCGCGAAGAAGUCAUAGAGGACAACUAACGAAACUAACGAAGAGAGCUGAUGAGUUUAUCGAAAACUUUGACGAACUCUCGGACGACGAACUAGACAAGCUCGAAUCAACCAUGGACAGCAUCAGAUCGAAAAUCAACUUUCUCAAGCAACUCGAUGAGGAAUUACUGGAGCUGAUACCAACUAAGGACCUAGAGGAAGCAGUGGUCACAUUCGACGAUUAUCUUCUCGAUGUUCAGGAAAAUUACGACGUUCUUCAGAUGCGCCUAAAACGCUCACGUGGUAGAUGUACACGCAAGACCACAUCCGACCCAACGACAAAGGACAAGUCGAAUUGUCGCUUGCCGAAACUAGAUUUAGAAACUUUUAGUGGAGACAAUUUGCUUUGGCAAACGUUCAUCGACAGAUUCAUAGCAUCUGUUCAUAAUAACUCUAAGCUUGAGGACAUAGAAAAGUUUCAGUACCUCAAGAGACAACUCAAAGGUGAAGCUGCUCGGACUAUUCAUGGCUUAGCAUUGACAAAUUUGAACUACGCCCAUGCAAUGGAAAUAUUAAGAAAACGCUACGGUCAAAGACAUAAGAUCGUUGCCGCCACGAUGAAAGCGCUAAUGGAGUUACCAGUGACGACGUCCGCUGACGCCAAAGGAUUACGUCAUUUCUACGACACGCUCGAAAGUCAUGUUCGCACCUUGGACACGCUUGGGAAAGAUCAAUCAUCAUACGGGGACUUUCUUGUGUCCAUUGUGUUGGAUAAACUACCCACGUCCACCAAGCAACAGCUUGCUCGGGAUCAUGGUUCCUGUGAAUGGUCAUUACCCGACCUACGCGUAGCUUUGGGAGCAGAAAUCGAAGCUCUUGAGGCAGGUGACGUAUCAGCAGAUAGUUCGUCUGCCUGUUCAGGAUACAGCUCGGAACUGCAAAGCACAGCAGCUUUUCAUACCAACGUCAAAUCGCAACGGAAACCGUACUGUGCAUUCUGUAAAGGGACGCAUUACUCAGGAGAGUGCACGGUGUAUGCUAAACCUGCUGAUCGCUUGACUCAGACGCGGAAACUUCAACUUUGCUUCAACUGCCUUGGUCGUCAUAAAAUCAAGGACUGCAAGUCAAAGUUUACGUGUCGCAAAUGUAAGAAGAGACAUCACACUGCCAUUUGUUCGGGGUCAAGACCUGAUGAGAAGGAAACAAACUCUAAUAACCAAAACACAACGCAACAAUCAGAACGAGAAACGACCGAGUCUGAAGAAACUGUUCAGUCAGUCACAACAGGCUGUACAGACGAAAUGACUGUCACCCACGUAGGGAAAUCCGGGUCUGUUUUACUGAAAACAGCUGUGACGGACGUCUCGUCCUCAACAGCGUCAUGCAAGGCGACCAUCCUAUUCGACGAGGGAUCGACACGCUCUUUCAUCACCACGGAAUUAGCAGAGAAGCUGAGUGCAACGUCGAAUGGUUCUCACACGCUUUCCCUUACCACAUUUGGGGGUAAGCCAGGCUCAGCUAGAAAGUUCGACGAAGUAACUUUCUCCGUACAUACGAUUUCCGGUGAGAAGAUGCAGAUGUCAGCAUUGGUUGUACCUCGCAUAUCGCAAAUGAACAAUCGCAUCAACUCAUCGCUACUUUCGUUACCUCACCUACAGGGAUUAACUCUCGCCCAUCCGAUCUCAAACGUCGAUUCAUUACAAAUCACGCUUUUGAUUGGAGCUGAUUUCUUCUGGGACUUCGUAGAGGAUCACGUAAUUCGGGGCCCAGGACCUACUGCUGUUCGCUCUAAACUUGGCUAUCUUCUCUCGGGACAUCUACAUUCGCAAACUAAAGACUCUCAAGCCUUAUCGCAUGUGAUUUCAACAGAUACGAGCCAAGAUGUGAGUGAUUAUCAGCAGUACUGGGAUCUUGAAACGAUAGGAAUCAAAGAUGAUCCCUGUCGGGCCAUGGCGGAUGACACUGAUCGUUACAAGUCAUUCUGCAAGACUCACUUGCGCCACGAUGGCACACGCUAUGUGGCUAGUCUUCCUUGGAAGGAAAAUCACAAUCCGCUACCAACCAACUAUGACGUUUGUGUGAAACGCACACGAAACACGAUUCAAAGACUUAGUUCUGAAUUACGUCGCACUUACGAUAGCAUUAUUCAGGAUCAAGUCGCACGUGGAUUUAUUGAAGAAGUCAUAGGCGAUGAUCUAACUAGUGGUCACUACUUACCACACCACGCGGUUAUGAGAUCUGAUUCAACAACAACGCCAAUCAGAAUCGUGUAUGAUUGCAGCUGUAAGGUCGGCGAUGCACCGUCGCUGAAUGACUGUUUAGAGACCGGUCCUCCCUUACAGAAUGACUUAGCCGCCAUUCUGCUGAGGUUUCGUUUACAUCAACAUGCUUUCACAGCAGACAUCGAGAAGGCAUUUCUCAAUGUAGGACUUGCCGAAGAGGACAGAAAGUUCACAAAGUUCUUGUGGUUGAGUGACGUCAGCAACCCGGACAGUGCUCUUCGCGUAUUCCAGUUUAAAGUAGUACUGUUCGGAGCUAUCUCAUCGCCAUUUAUCUUGAACGCUGCAGUGCGAUCUCAUCUCGAGGAACAAGAUAGCACUACAUCUUGGGACAUACGUAACAACAUCUAUGUGGACAAUUUAGCUAGUGGGACUGACACGGUGCCACAAGCUGUUAGUUAUUACAAGGACUCGAGGAACGAGAUGCACGUCGGUGGCUGGAACAUUCGUGCAUGGGCCUCUAACUGCCCAGAGGUCGUGAACUGUGCAAAACGUGACAAUGUCCUGAGUUCUGACACUAAUGUCAAAGUGUUAGGCAUGUAUUGGGACACAGAAGAGGAUACAUUGCAUUACUCCAAGUGGAAUCACAAACCACCAGACAUUGAAGCUUUGGUGACCAAACGUGACGUCACCAAGGUCAUUAGUUCGAUAUUUGAUCCUCUAGGAUACCUCACGCCCGUUCAUGUCAAGGGGAAGGUAUUCCUACAAGAACUCUGGAAACGUAAACUGUCGUGGGAUGAGCCUCUUCCCGAGGAUUUAGCGAAAUCCUGGGUGACCAUUUCUCAGGAAUUAGCUGAGGCCUACCAAACGAGCGAUAUACCACGGAAGCUGUUCGAGACUGUUGAUAAAGAAGGAGGAUCAUACGAGUUGCAUGUCUUCGCGGACUCUAGCAUCAAAUCAUACGGUGCCUGUACCUACUUGGUACGAGGAUCGGAAGUCUCGCUCGUAAUGGCAAAGUCACGUGUCGUACCAAUGAAGUCAAUGACUAUGCCUAGAUUAGAGCUUACUGCAGCUCUAGUUGGCUCACGCUUGCUAGCAUACGUACACGAGAGUUUGAGACCAUACAUCGAUAUCGGACACUCUGUCUUGUGGUCUGAUAGUCAGAUUGUCAUCGGCUGGUUACACAGCGAGAAACAACUACCUACGUUUGUCGCUAACAGAGUCAAGGAGAUUCGUUCAUACGAUAUGAUCAACGAGAUUCGUUACUGUCCGACGCAGGAUAACCCUGCAGACGUCAUCACACGUGGAUUAACUGCCGAUAACCUUCGUCAUGCCACCUUGUGGUGGAAAGGACCGCACUGGCUAUGCACAGAAACAUGGCCGGAGAAUGUCGAGUAUCUUGAUUCUCAUGCUCAGAGCGUCAAUUCGGACGCAGCGGAUCGUUCAUCGGAAUCGCUACGUACUCAACCGGAAACGGAACUCGUCACGACGGUCAGCGAGGUUACCGAACCUACUGACAUCAGCAACAUUAUCGACUUGGACAAAUUCAACUCGUACACCGCUCUACUUCGCGUUAGUGCCCUAGUGUUACGCUUUGUGUCAAACCUGCGACUGUGUCAUUUGCAAGAGAGUCAUGGGAGAUCUCUGCCGCAAGAGAUGAUUUCCGACAAUGCUAUGACUUUCCUAUCAUCUUCUGACAUUCUAUCAACGUACCUAGCAAAUCACAGAGUCAAGUGGACUUUCAUCAAGAAACGCGCAGCAUGGUACGGUGGUUUUUAUGAACGUUUGAUUGGAUUGACAAAGUCUGUCUUGAAGAAGGCAUUAGGCCGCCGUCUUUUGACAUUGGAAGAGUUGCAAACUGUCGUUGCUGAGAUAGCAGCAGUUCUCAACGAUAGGCCUAUAACAUUCCAGUCUACUGAAGUUGGAGACCUAGAACCGUUGACACCAUCUCACUUCCUUAAUGGUCGUGUGCUGACCAAAGGCACAUUAGGCCUACCCUUGUUUGAUUUGGAGGAGGUUGAUGACCCAUCCUUCGGUUUCUCCACAUCACUAAUGCAGCGGCGGAUAAUGCUCAUGGCAAAGCUCCAGAAAGAGUUCUGGAACAGAUGGUCAAGUGAGUAUUUGUCCGCCCUGCGUGAGAGGGACCGAGGGAUGGGGAAAGGUACUCUUCGAAAUCAGAUAGGGAUUAAUGAUGUGGUCCUCAUUCAGGAUGAAAAUCAGAACAGAGUCAAAUGGCACAUGGGAAAGGUCACCGAGUUGCAUUAUGGGAAUGAUGGUCUGGUGAGAUCUGUCAGUUUGAAAACCGCCAGAGGUCAUACCAAUAGGCCCAUUGUGAAGUUGAUUCAUCUGGAAUCUAGUGAUUGUCAGUCAGAGGACACACCAGACACAGAUGUCGAGGACAAUUCAUCUGCGCGACUUAGGAGACAAGCAGCAAUCGCUGCUAGGGACCGAAUCAGAAACAUGUCAGACUAA